UGAACAAUCCAUUUUUUUCAUAAUUAUUAAUCAAAGAACUGUAACAAUAAAUAUGUUGAGACUAUCUCAAUUAUUAGUUAGACCAGCUGCGCACAGCAUUAGAGUAGCGCUCAAAAGAACAAAUAGAACAGAAUUUAUUAGGUCUACUGUUCCAGCAAUUCUGUCUCGUUACCCUUUGGACAAUAAACGCCGUUUUGGCAGCACUCCUUGCUUUAAAAAUCGAAUGGAACAUGAGAAGAUCUGUUGGCAAUGUCAAGGAACAAACAAGCUUUCAGCCUUGUUUUGCGAGAACAAAUCCUGUGGAGUGAUUCAGCCUAUUCCAAGCGAUUUAAACUUUUUCCACUUGAUGCAAGUAGGUGAAGGAGAAGAGAAGGAUAAAGCUAAAUUUGAUAUAGAUUUGAAAGCAAUGAGAAAACGAUUUCUAUUGUUGCAGCAACAAGCGCAUCCCGAUAGUUAUUCGCAAAAAGAUAAGCGAGAAAUGGACUAUGCUCAGUUGCAGUCAGGUGUUAUCAAUAAAGCAUAUCAUACAUUAAAGAACCCAUUGAGCAGGGCGAAGUACAUGCUGGAAAACUUAGGGUUACCAGUUAGUGAGUCGGAUUCAUUGGUUGAUCCUGAGCUGCUCAUGGACGUAAUGGAAUUUAGAGAGGAAAUGGAAGAAGUUCAAUCAGAGGAAGAGCUGUUACCAUUAAAAGAAAGAAACGAAGAGAAAUACAAUGAGACAGUAGAUAAAUUAGCGUCUGCCUUUGCUGGAGAAGAUUAUGAUACAGCAAAGACAUUGACUAUUCAAUUGCAGUAUUUAACCCGCAAUCAAAACGCAAUCAGAGACUGGCAAAAGCCAUAAAUGUCAGAAAUAGCUGUAAACACUUUUGUAUUUGUUAUUGUAAUUGUAUACUCAAAUCACUUAUUCGAUAAAAAAAAAAAAAGUACGUAAAAUCGCUGGAACAAUAGAAAUAAACAAACAGAAAAUUUUCUUAUAUGUGUUAUUGCACCAGCAGCGAUGCAUCUGAAAACGCAAAUCACAGAAC